CCUAACAAGGAACCCCCCCCCCCAACUCUCAACUCCAACCCCUCAGCUGGGGUUCAUCGGGGUCACAACCCGCGCCGUCCAUUUUGGUAGUUUUUUUUCUUUCCCCGUCCCACCGCCGGCCACUCGGCUUCCGGUCCCGAAGGGGGCGUGGCAGACCCUGGAAAGCAAGGAGCAGCAGCAGCAGCAGCAGCAGCGGCGGCAGCACGCUUUGCAUGGCCGGUUGGCGGGAGCCCGUGCUUCUCCCGGGCCCCGCAUGGCGUCGGCGAAGGUUCCUCCCCAAGCUAUCCCCGAGCACCGGCUGCAACAAGCUCUCGUUUUUAAGGAGGAAGGGAACCGUUGUUACAAAGAAGGCCGCUUUAGGGAUGCCGUGAGCCGUUACCACUGGGCCUUACUGCAAAUUAAGGGCCUGGACCCCAACAUGCCUUCCCCACUGCAGGAAUUCAUGGCUGACAAGCCAGCCGUGACAGCAGAACAAGAGAAUCAACUCCACACCAUCCAGUGCGACUGUCACAAUAAUCUUGCCG